AAUCUAGAGAGUAACUUAGCUGCCCUGGCUCAUGCAGCUGCUGUCAAAGUUGCUGAGCAAGAAUGUGCAGUUCCAGUCAGCAAAGAUGUAUACCCGAUGGCAGAAUGACUUCUUGAUACAAGACUUGCAGAUGGUGCUGAAGUUGAAAUGGAAGUCAUUCCAAUGGGUGUUAACGGACAUGAAAUAUCAAAUGCUCUUAGGAGUACCCCAGCAUUGGUUGUAGAUGAGACUAUGCUGGAAAAGAUACUGGGGCCUCCUAGGUUUGAUGACCGAGAAACUGCAGAACGUAUGGCAACUCCUGGAGUAUCAGUUGGGCUUGUCUGGACCUCCUUUGGUGGAGACGUCCAGUUCGUUGAGGCCACAUCAAUGGUGGGAAAGGGUGAUUUGCAUCUCACUGGCCAACUUGGUGAUGUUAUCAAAGAAUCUACUCAAAUAGCUCUAACAUGGAAAAUGUUUUUGGGGUGGCGAUUUCUCCAAUCAAAGAAGACGCACCAUUGCCAAGAUUCCAUUGACCUGAUGUUCCAACAGAUGCUUUCAGACAACCGAACAAGCUGUAGUUGUUCAUCAGCCAAGCAAAAGUCAUACCCAAAUCUUACAUUGUGACUUUGUAUUAUUUGUGGAACCUAAUGUUGUGUAAUAGUUUGAUUGAGUUUGUUUUGAAAACUUUAAAUAGUAAACAAGUGAGAUUGAUUGUUUGAUUGAGUUGUUAACUAUUUUGUUGGUAUUAUGGCUUUCAUGAUUGAUUGUUUCA